AUGUUGAUGGACUUACCAUUGGAGAUCCAGAUGAAGUUACUAUAUAUGGUACCUCAUUCCAAUUUGAAAUACGUCAAUUCCCAUUACUACACCUUGUACAAUGAUUUGUUUUAUCACAAGAUUGUUGCUGUAUUUGGUGAAGAUACAAUAAAUGUUAUCAUCAAGAUUUUACCUUGGCUUAAACCAUAUAUCAAGUCCCUUGAUUCGUUUCGUUAUGUCAAUAGAAUGAUUAUUGCCAAACGGUUGAAAUUGGUUGAUAAUUUAAACAAAGAGGAUGAUGAUCAUCAUGAUCAUCAUCAUGCCAAAGUCACUAAUGAAGGUACAAGCAGUUUUAGAGCUUUAACAACGCAUCCAGAUCAUGUGGAGUCAAUUAAACAAGACUUUGGUAAUGAGAUAGUGAUCAAGGAAGAGGAAGACAGACAAGAGGAAGUAACACCACUGCAGCUGCUGCUUGCUUCUCUGUAUACCACCAAUAACCCUUUAAAUGUACAGUAUGUUAAAGAUUCAUGGAAAUAUAUUUAUUCGAUAUUGAAGAAUAAGCGACUUUAUGCUGAAUAUUCCGAUUAUCAAAUUGAUGAACCAAGAAAUUAUGUUUAUAACCAUUUUGUUGAAAUUAAUCGAACUUAUUUAUUAAGUUAUUCCAAGGAUGUAUGGUUAGCUCCCGGCCAAUAUAAUUUAAAUAUUGGAUUAGCAGUGAAACAUGGGCAUGGUUUGGGUACUACCAAAUUUGAGGUAAAGUAUCGUAUUGAUGAUGAUGAUGAUGAUGAUGAAGGUGAAGAGGAGAUGGAAGCUGAGGUGGCUGAAGUCGAAAUGGAAGAGGCAGAAGCAGAAGCAGAAGCAGAAGCAGAAGAAGCAGAAGAAGCAGAGACGGUAACGGAGACAGUUACGAAUAGAAAUGGGAAUGCAAAUGGUGAUGCCACUAGAAACAACAUUGUCAAUGCCCAUGGACUUUUCCGUCCCAAUGGUAGUAUUAUUGGGGGCGGUGUUGACAGAAGUGUUAAUGGAUCGAUGAAUGAAACUGUAGAUGCUACCACCCAGUUGCCCAAUAACCACACUAAUAACGCGCAAGCUGCAAACAAUAACAAUAACAACAACAACACGAUAGUUAAGCUGUUUUAUCCACCAACAAAUAUCAAUGAAAUAUUACCCAAGAACCAAUUUUGUUUACUUCGAGUUGCCCAAUUCACUAUUCCACCAAAGGGGAGCCAACAACAACAUCAUCAACCAAAACGCAACAAGUUGCGUAAAGUUAGUAUAAAGAUGGAAGAAAUUGGAUUAUAUUUGAAGAGUGGGUUUAGAAUAUACUUUAUUGAUAUUAGUCAGCCAUCAAUGUUGUAUGAUGAAUAUGAUUUGUUGUAUUAUUCAAUUAAUGAGACUGACUAUAAGUAUUUUAUUAAUAUUUUAUUGAAGAAUCUUUACAAGGCAUUGGAUUAUGUUCAGAAUGGGGGGAUGGGUGGAGAUGGAUGUGAUGCUAGCACUGUCAAGUUUGGAAUAAAUGGCUUAUAUGGAGAAAGAGCCGGUGGUGGUGGUGCAGCUAAGUAUGGAAGUGGUGACCCUUAUGAUUUGUGGGAUAAAUUUGAUAAAUCAUUUUUAAAAGAGUACAAUGAAGAGAUUGUUAAUGAUUCAAAUUCAGCAUCAAUAAUAAAAGGAAAAGGGACAAGUGAAGGGGAGGGAGAAGGGGGAAGUGGUGUUAGUAGUAAUGGUAAUGGUGGCUAUUCCCUUCAUAAACGAGUUUCAUCGGCCCAUUUAUUUCGUAAUUCAAUUUCAUCAGUGUCAGCUGCGUCAUCAUAUGCAUCACUAAAUUCACUACAUGGUGGUGGUUAUGGUAUUCCCUUCAAGUAUGAUUUGAAAAAGUUGACCAAUUAUGCCAAUUUCUACUUUACCAAUAUUGUAAAUACCAAAAGAUAUUACAAGUUUAGUACCAUUUAUCAACAACGACAAUUUAUUAAUCGAUUUGGGGAUUAUGAUUUGGAUUGGAAAGAACAACUUUAUGUCAAGGAGAAACUAAAGGGACAGCAUGAGAAGCAACAACAGCAUGGGAAGCAUGGGAAGCAUGGGAAGCAAGGCGAACAAAAGGUGGUGAGUAGUAAUAGUGUCAAAGUGGUUGGACAUUAUGAGAAUGAUAAGCAAGGUGGUAUUAAUGGUAAUGAUAAUGAUAAGAGUAAUGGCAAUAGUGGAGAUACAACAACUAGACUAGAAUUUAGAUCUAGAUGUACGUAUGAUAAGUUGGGAUUGAAGUGGAAAAUACCCAUUGUUGGAGAAUUAUAA